AUGGCACUGAUAACCAUCAAAUCAAAUGUUAGCAGAGGCGAAGGUGCUUUUGGUAAAGUGCUAAAAGCGGAGGUGUUUGAUGUGGUGAAACAGAACUCAGGAAAGACUAUCGUAGCCGUGAAGACUUUGAAAGAUGACGCUACCGAGAGAGAGUUGAUGGAUCUCAUCUCUGAAGCGGAAGUGAUGAAGUUUAUUGGUCGUCAUAAAAAUAUCAUAAACUUGAUUGGAUGUUGCACUCAAAACGGACCGCCAUUGAUAGUCCUUGAAUUCGCAGCAUUCGGUAGCGUACGACAAUAUCUUCGUGAAAGAAGACCUGACCGAAACGGAGACACCAUGCAGAUAGAAGGAGUAGAAAACUUGUGUUUGAGGGAUUUCACCUCCUUUAGUUAUCAAAUUGCUCGUGGAAUGGAAUACUUGUCAGGAAGAAAAUGUAUUCAUCGAGAUCUUGCUGCCAGGAACAUUUUAGUUGGUGAAGAAAAAAAAGUAGUGGUAUUUUUGCGUUCAACUUUGGAAAAUUGUUUCGUUUAUUGUGAUACUCACGUGCGAUAA